AGCCGGGCGGGGCGUGCUGGAGGGGCGCGGCGAGCAGCUCACGCAGCCCGGCGGGGGCCCCGCAGAGCCAGGCAUGGGGGAGCGCGGCGCGGGCGGCUCCCGCCGCAGGAGGUCCGGGCCCCGGCGGCCCAGCGCGGGCAGCCCGGCCGAGGGGGAGCCCGAGCGGGAGGCGGAGCCGCCCCGGGGGGGGCCGGAGCGGGCAGCGGAGCCCCCCGCCGAGAGCGACCCCGACAACUGCGGGGACUUGAGGUGUCACAAGGUGCAGGAGUCUCUGCUCAGCUCCUCCAGCGGGUACAGCAACUACCGGGGCAUCCUGAACUGGUGUGUGGUGAUGCUGGUCCUGAGCAACGCCCGGCUCUUCCUAGAAAACCUCAUCAAAUACGGGAUAUUGGUGGAUCCGAUCCAAGUGGUCUCCCUGUUCCUGAAGGACCCCUACAGCUGGCCCUCCUUGUGCCUUGUCAUCGUGGCCAAUGUGUUUGCGCUGGCUGCUCUGCACACGGAGAGACGCCUGGCAGCGGGCUCCAUCUCGGAGAACGUCGGCUCCGUCAUCCAUGCGUGCAACCUCCUGACCAUCCUGUGUUUCCCAGCGCUGGUGGUGCUGGUGGUCUCCUCCGUCACUCCGGUCGGCGCCGUGUUCGCUCUGUCCAUCUACACCAUCCUCUUCCUCAAGCUCUUCUCCUUCAGGGACGUGAACAAGUGGUGCCGAGCCAGGGGCCGGGCCAAGGCUGCGCGCGUGCGCCCAGCUUCCGGGCUGAAGAAAGCCAACGGGGAGGUGGUGCCGAGCGGCGUGUGCUAUCCAGCUAACCUGACCUAUAAAGACAUGUACUACUUCCUGUUUGCUCCCACGCUCUGCUACGAGCUGAACUUCCCUCGCUCGCCCCGGAUUCGCAAGCGCUUCCUGCUCCGCCGGCUCUUCGAGAUGCUCUUCUUCAUCCAGCUGCUGGUGGGGCUGAUACAGCAGUGGAUGGUCCCCACUAUCCAGAACUCGAUGAAACCUUUCCGGGAUAUGGACUACUCCCGAAUCAUAGAGCGCCUCCUGAAGCUGGCUGUCCCCAAUCACUUGAUCUGGCUCAUCUUCUUUUACUGGUUCUUCCACUCAUCCCUGAACGUCCUGGCUGAAGUGAUGCAGUUUGGCGACCGGGAGUUCUACAGGGACUGGUGGAACUCGGAGUCCGUGACGUACUUCUGGCAGAACUGGAACAUACCGGUGCACAAGUGGUGUCUCAGGCACUUCUACAAGCCGAUGAUCAAGAGGGGGGUCAGCAAAUGGACAGCCCAGACUGCAGUGUUCCUGGCAUCGGCUUUCUUCCACGAGUACUUGGUCAGCGUGCCCCUGAAGAUGUUCCGGCUGUGGGCGUUCAUGGGGAUGAUGGCUCAGAUUCCGCUGGCCUGGCUUGUGGGAAGGUUCCUCAGAGGCAACUAUGGGAACGCAGCCGUAUGGAUCUCCUUGAUCAUCGGGCAGCCGAUAGCCGUCCUGAUGUACGUUCACGACUACUAUGUGCUCAACUACGAAGGCAGCCAGUGAUGCAUGUGGACUCCCCGUUCCUCCCUCUCCUUGUGGUGUCUGCAAGGAGCCUGGCCGGGGUCAGAGCCCCACUUCCUGCUGCUCUCCGCAAGCCUCUGGGACUGACUAGCACCAGCACAUGUGCGGAGAUGUCAGUC